AGGAUGAUGAUGAUGAUUGCUCAGCUGCAACAUUUGAGAAAAAACCAGGAUAUCAUGCACCUGUCGCUUUGCUUAACGAUAUCCCUCAGUCAUCUGAACAAUAUGAUCCAUUUGCUGAACAUAGACCUCAGAAAAUUGCAGAUCGGGAGGAUGAAUAUAAAAAGCAUAGGCGUACCAUGAUCAUUUCUCCAGAGCGUCUUGAUCCUUUUGCAGACGGAGGAAAGACGCCAGAUCCUAAAACCAAUGCACGAACAUACACAGAUGUUAUGAAAGAAAAGCAGUUAAGAAAGGAACAGUAUGAAAUCCAUCAGCAGAUAGCAGAAAAGGCAAAGUCUGGUGAUUUAAAAGUGGUCAAUGGAUCUUCUGCUUCAACAGCAUCACAGCCAUCUUCAAAACGUAAAAGAAGAUGGGAUCAAACAGCUGACCAAACUCCCGGGUCCACCCCCAAGAGGCCGUCAACUUGGGACCAAGCGGAGGUCACUCCUGGACACACGCCUUCAUUAAGAGAUGGGAUGAGACCCCUGGUCGAGCAAAGGGAAAUGAAACCCCUGGAGCCACUCCCGGCUCAAAGAUAUGGGAUCCUACUCCCAGCCAUACUCCAGCUGGAGCAGCCACACCAGGUCGUGGCGAUACCCCAGGCCAUGCAACUCCAGGGCAUGGAGGUGCAACUUCUAGUGCACGUAAAAACAGAUGGGAUGAAACCCCUAAAACAGAACGUGAUACUCCUGGUCAUGGAAGUGGAUGGGCUGAGACUCCACGUACAGAUCGUGGAGGAGAAUCAAUUGGCGAAACCCCAACUCCUGGAGCUAGUAAAAGAAAGUCUCGCUGGGAUGAAACUCCAGCUAGUCAGAUGGGUGGUAGCACUCCAGUACUGACACCAGGGAAAACGCCAAUUGGUACCCCUGCUAUGAAUAUGGCUACUCCUACACCAGGACACAUUAUGAGUAUGACUCCUGAACAACUUCAAGCAUGGCGUUGGGAGCGGGAAAUUGAUGAAAGAAAUCGCCCACUUUCAGAUGAUGAAUUGGAUGCCAUGUUUCCAGAGGGUUAUAAGGUUCUUCCCCCACCAGCUGGAUAUGUCCCAAUACGUACCCCAGCGCGUAAAUUGACUGCGACUCCAACACCCCUGGGUGGCUUAACUGGUUUUCAUAUGCCUGCUGAAGACAAGACAAUGAAAAAUGUCAGUGAUCAACCGUCAGGAAAUCUUCCAUUCCUUAAACCAGAUGAUAUUCAGUACUUUGAUAAACUGCUGGUUGAUGUUGAUGAAUCCACACUUAGUCCAGAAGAGCAGAAGGAAAGAAAAAUUAUGAAGCUACUGCUGAAGAUAAAGAAUGGCACACCUCCCAUGAGGAAGGCAGCACUGCGGCAGAUUACAGACAAAGCUCGGGAAUUUGGAGCUGGACCAUUGUUCAAUCAAAUAUUACCAUUGCUAAUGUCUCCAACACUUGAAGACCAGGAACGGCAUUUGCUUGUUAAAGUUAUUGAUAGAAUCUUGUACAAACUUGAUGAUUUGGUUAGACCAUAUGUACACAAGAUUCUUGUCGUUAUUGAACCCUUGCUGAUUGAUGAAGACUAUUAUGCUAGAGUAGAAGGCAGAGAAAUUAUAUCCAACUUGGCUAAGGCUGCUGGUUUAGCCACAAUGAUUUCUACAAUGAGACCUGAUAUUGACAACAUGGAUGAAUAUGUCCGUAACACAACAGCCAGAGCUUUUGCAGUUGUUGCUUCUGCCCUGGGCAUCCCUUCCCUCCUUCCCUUUUUGAAAGCAGUUUGUAAGAGCAAAAAGUCAUGGCAGGCCCGACACACUGGUAUUAAAAUUGUGCAGCAGAUUGCUAUACUGAUGGGAUGUGCUAUCUUGCCACACUUAAGAAGCUUGGUUGAAAUCAUUGAACAUGGGCUGGUUGAUGAACAGCAGAAAGUCCGUACCAUCAGUGCUCUGGCUAUAGCCGCUUUAGCUGAAGCAGCCACUCCUUAUGGUAUUGAGUCUUUUGAUUCUGUGCUAAAACCACUGUGGAAAGGUAUUCGACAGCACAGAGGAAAGGGUCUGGCUGCAUUCUUAAAAGCCAUUGGCUACCUUAUACCUCUCAUGGAUGCUGAAUAUGCUAACUACUAUACCAGAGAAGUGAUGUUGAUUUUAAUCCGAGAGUUUCAAUCUCCUGAUGAAGAAAUGAAAAAGAUUGUUUUAAAGGUGGUGAAGCAGUGUUGUGGCACUGACGGUGUGGAAGCAAAUUACAUAAAAACAGAAAUUCUUCCUCCAUUUUUUAAACACUUCUGGCAGCACAGAAUGGCUUUGGACAGAAGAAACUAUAGACAGUUGGUGGAUACUACAGUUGAGCUUGCAAAUAAGGUUGGAGCUGCAGAAAUAAUAUCUAGAAUUGUGGAUGACUUAAAGGAUGAAGCUGAGCAAUAUAGAAAAAUGGUCAUGGAAACCAUUGAGAAAAUAAUGGGCAACCUUGGAGCUGCUGACAUUGACCACAAGCUUGAAGAACAACUGAUUGAUGGCAUCCUUUAUGCUUUUCAGGAGCAGACCACAGAGGAUUCAGUGAUGUUGAAUGGUUUUGGUACAGUUGUCAAUGCUCUUGGAAAAAGAGUGAAACCAUACCUUCCUCAGAUCUGUGGUACUGUGUUGUGGCGUUUAAACAACAAAUCUGCUAAAGUGAGGCAGCAGGCGGCUGAUUUAAUAUCUCGCACUGCAGUUGUCAUGAAAACAUGUCAAGAGAAAAAACUAAUGGGACAUUUGGGUGUUGUAUUGUAUGAAUAUCUUGGAGAGGAGUAUCCUGAAGUAUUGGGAAGCAUUCUAGGGGCUCUGAAGGCAAUAGUCAAUGUUAUUGGUAUGCAUAAAAUGACUCCUCCGAUCAAGGAUUUGUUACCAAGACUUACACCUAUUUUGAAAAACAGGCAUGAGAAAGUACAGGAGAACUGCAUUGACUUGGUUGGACGUAUCGCCGAUAGGGGAGCAGAAUAUGUUUCAGCAAGAGAGUGGAUGAGAAUUUGUUUUGAACUUUUAGAACUGCUAAAGGCUCAUAAAAAAGCAAUCAGGAGAGCCACUGUGAACACAUUUGGAUAUAUUGCUAAAGCUAUUGGACCUCAUGAUGUGCUUGCUACACUGCUUAAUAACCUUAAAGUGCAAGAAAGGCAAAACAGAGUGUGUACUACUGUUGCUAUCGCUAUUGUUGCAGAAACAUGUUCACCUUUUACAGUUCUACCAGCGCUAAUGAAUGAAUAUAGAGUUCCAGAACUUAAUGUUCAGAAUGGUGUAUUAAAGUCCUUGUCUUUCCUCUUCGAGUAUAUUGGAGAAAUGGGAAAGGACUAUAUCUACGCAGUAACACCUUUGCUUGAAGAUGCUUUGAUGGAUAGAGAUCUCGUACACAGACAAACGGCUAGUGCCGUUGUUCAGCAUAUGUCUCUUGGAGUUUAUGGUUUUGGUUGUGAAGAUUCUUUAAAUCACCUGUUAAAUUAUGUAUGGCCCAAUGUGUUUGAGACUUCUCCUCAUGUAAUCCAGGCUGUCAUGGGAGCGCUUGAAGGUCUUAGGGUUGCUAUUGGACCAUGCCGAAUGCUGCAGUAUUGCCUACAGGGUCUCUUCCAUCCUGCCAGAAAAGUCAGGGAUGUUUACUGGAAAAUAUACAACUCAAUAUACAUUGGGUCACAAGAUGCUUUGAUUGCCCAUUAUCCCCGUAUCUACAAUGAUGAGAAAAACACUUAUAUUCGUUACGAGCUUGACUAUAUCUUGUAA